CUCUGGAACAGCUGUACACAUUCCUUGACCGACUGGACAAGUCUCAAGUCGAAGACAUGGCUGCCAACCAUGGAACAGAAUGGUCCUGGAAGAUCCACCCUGCGGAUUCUCCCCACAGAAAUGGUGCUGCAGAAGCGGCUGUCAGAGUGGUCAAACGGGCCCUGACCAAUGUCGGCGGAGAUGGUGUCUUCACCUGGGGUGAAUUUCAAACCUUCCUCUACAUGGCUGCCAACCUUGCAAAUGAGCGACCAAUCGAUGCAAGAACUCAAAGCAGGGAAGACUGUGUGGAAUACAUCACCCCGAACUCUCUGCUCCUAGGGCGUGCCAACCCUAAGGGAGAUCCUGGAGACUUCCAGUUUGAUCGCUAUCCUUAUAAAAGACUGCAAGUAAUUCAAGCUGAAGUCACCAAAUUCUGGAAGAAAUGGAGCCAACUAGCUGGACCCAACCUCUUCAUAAGAAACAAAUGGCACACCAAAGAGCGAAAUGUUUCUGUCGGAGAUGUGGUCUGGUUGGCUGACCAAAAUGCCCUGAGAGGACAGUACAAGCUGGCCAGAGUAGUCAGAGCCAAUACGGACAGCAAAGGCAUCGUAAGAGACGUGCUUGUGAGGACCUUUCCCAGCUAUCCUGUCCCCAUCAAGAAGACAAGCGACAAAGAAAAACCGACCACGAAAACCAAGAGGCUCAGACAUCAAAUCCCAGCAACAAUCCUGCAUAGGGAUGUCAGACGCCUCAUCAUUCUAAUUCCCAUUGAAGAACAAAGGAAGGAAGGACCUGUGUGACCCCAUUGGGUUUUGAAAACCAUGAGGGCCAAGUGGGAGGUGUGGAGUUGAAACUCAGUGUGAAUGAAGUGUCCCUGCCCUGGAAGUAAGGAGCUGUCUCCUCCUUAAUCUUACUCCUUGGUGAAGUACCAGAAAGAACUACAUUUCCCAGAACACCAAGGUCAAGAUGGCCACCAAUUGGCUGAUUCAAGGCAGCUGUUAAGGAAUGGUGGUGCUGUCUCAUUUCAUGCAAGCAAGCAGAGCGGCAAGACGCAAAAAUCUACAAGAUCCAUCUUUAAAAGACUUCCAACACACCAAUGGUUAACAACCUGAUUGAAUGAAGAUCAACAGAAAAGAAACCAACAAAGCCAAAAAGUUGGA